AAUGCUGGACCCCCUCGCGCCCGCCCAGAUGAGUCGCAACUCCGAAACAGCACUGUCCGGGAAAGCCCGAUCGCCAUCUCCCCUCCGCCCCCCUCACUAAUGUUACUGCACCUCCAACCUUCCUUCCCUCCCCCCAGCCAGAGGAGUAGAAACAACAAGCCGCCAUUUUGUUUGUGCGGAGAGAGUGAAGGAGGCAGGAGCGACCGAAAAAAGCCACUCGGGCGCCGAUCACUGCGACUCUGAGCGCCGCCGGCUGCGCAGCGGCUCCGUCCUCUCGGAUCAACACGGGCUAAAACACAACCGGGCGAUUAACGGAGGACAACGGAGAAAGAUGAUAGAUUCUCCCGUGUAAAAAUCAAAGAACGGAUCGGGUUUUCCUUUCUUUUUCUUCUCUUUUUUUGUAAACGCAGCGGAGAGGCGGAAGAGGGCAAUACAUUUAAACGAAGGGAAUCCCAUUUGAGUAAAAGGCGUUUAAAAACAUCUACAGCCCUCGUCGUCACGAAGUGGUAAAACCGGACAAAAUCGCAUCGCCGUUUGCCGGUGGACGACACGGAAAGUGGGGAAAAUAGCAAGAACUGUGCGGGAGAAGAGAGAAAUUUAAAAGGGAUGAACGCGCAGGGGGGUUCACGGUAUCACAAAGCCUAUGAAAGGGGUUUGAGGACCCCCAGAUUUUGGGGGGUGCAGCUGGCAAUAUCACCAGGAUCGGCAGAUGCUUCGGACCCACAAUAUUACUGAAGCCCAAUUGGAUUCGUUUUAGUCAGUUUUCCGCUGGUGUUUUUUCUUAGUGCACUGAAAGCAUUGCUGGCUCUUCAUCAUUCAGUGACAAAAUCUUUACCUUUGCUUGAAAUUGAAAUACAUACAUAUGCACUGACCGUCAAUCUACAACUUGAUUCUCAUUCUUUAGCUCGUGCACACGCAAAUUGCGGGGAAAACAUCUUGCACUUUUUAUUGUGCAUUUUGCUUCUGGACUUCACAGUGUGCGCAGUGCAGGGUGGUCGUGUUCUCUCGAGGCAAUGGUCAGAGAUUUUUCUGCAAACAGUUUUAACCCCCCCGAGCUCGUGCACUGGACGCAUUCACACAGAGGGCACGCGCGCAAUAAACAAUUUAACUUGUCACCUUUGAAAUGAUUUUCAAAAUAUUAAGACGUUGGACACUGCUGAUGAGAUAUGGAAGUCGUUUGUAAUAAACUCAAGUGUUAACUCGCAUUUCUACCCAUGUUAGUUGUUCUCUUUUGGUGCACAAGACUACAUUUGGACUAGUUUAGGAAUGAUACACUAACGUUAGGCAUACGAAUGCUUAAUCAUAAGAUUUUUCCUCCUUUUUACUAGUAUUUAUUUUUCUCUAUCCUAUCUUCAUUAUAUGGGAGAAAUAAAGACUUUGAUGAAGAAGAUUGAUAUAUCUGUGUCAAUUUCAAGUGGCCUUGUGGACUUUUAAUCUUCCUCUAGGUAAAAGUGAUGAUGGGUGAGAAUCGCAAGCGCUACAAUGCGCACCCGGUCCAAAGAGAGGAAUGAUUUUUGAGUCUUUGUGUUUUCCCAUAAACAUUGCACGAAGCCACGGUGGAGUGAGUUCGUCUUUCAUUCCCCCAUCACGUUUCCUAUCUCUCAUACACAACGCCUUAAAAAAUCCAACACUCUAGUUCGCUGCCGACAAUGGCGGAAAAGACGGAUGCAAGCAGCGAAGAUAAAUCUCGGGAAAAUCGCUCAGUCGCCGAGGAGGCUACGUGAGUUUGCACUAGCGUGUCUGUUCCUUCCUUCGGAAACAUACUUUGAGGAACUAACGAGAAAAACCACGAAAAGAGAGACUUCAAAGUGUUUUUGUGGACAAUUGCUUGCAUGCAUCGGUCCCAUGAGAUGUGAACGGGAAUCCGUCCGGAGCUCGUGAACGAGGACAUCGAUUGAACGUCGCAAGGCUCCACGGGAAGCGCUAUCCUACGCGGGAUAUAUGCUCUAACGUUAAAUUUGAGGAAACUAUGGCCGAUAAUGUGUUGGACUCCGGUCCGCCUACAGCAAAGAGGCCUAAAUUGUCCUCCCCGGCUCUGUCGGUGUCCGCGAGCGAUGGAAAUGAUUUUGGCUCCUUGUUUGACCUGGAACAGGAUCUCCCUGACGAACUCAUAAACUCCUCUGAUCUGGGCCUUUCCAAUGGAGUGGACUCCGGCCACUUACACACCAGUCUGGGUGGAGGAGGGACAUUGGGAUCUCUGGGUGGCUCAAGCCAGGACACUGCUGCCAAACACAAGCACCUGUCUGAGCUCCUGCGCCCUGGCGCCCCUUCGUCCACCUCCACGGCUACCGGCAACCCCGGCAACACGCCCUCCAUGGGGAUGAUGGGAGGACUGGGUGGCACCUCCAUUGCCCAGGGUCUGGGUGGCCCUCAGCAGCAGCAGCCUGGCAUGAUGCCACAAGCUGGCAUGGUGGCCGGACUGAACCGUAGUAUGAUGGGAGCCCAUAAAGGGAAUGGACAACCGCAAAGCAUGAUGGGAGGGCAGGUGAUGAACGGUGCGCCCAGAAUGGGCUACGGCAAUGUGAACAUGAAUGCAGGUGUGGCUGGUAAUGGAAACAUGCUGGCGGAUUCCCUGCACCAGCAAAAUGCAGGGCAGCAGAUGGCACAGACGGCUUUAAGGCCACAGCAACCAGGAGCCGUGAAUAAGAUGGGAAUGAUGGGGGCCCCAGGUCCCUAUGGCGGUUCUUAUGGUCAGUGUGGAGGACAGUCCUUGGGACCUCAGCUCCAAAAUAAAGCAGCUCAACCUAACAGCAUUAACCAGUUCAACAUGGACAAGAAACCUCAGCUUGGACAGAACAUGGGCGGCAUGAGCUCAGGUGUGGUGGGCGGUGUAUCCGGGCCAGGUGGGACGACGGGGCCCCCUGCAGCGGACCCCGAGAAACGAAAACUCAUACAACAGCAGCUGGUGCUGUUACUGCACGCUCACAAGUGCCAUCGCAGAGAGCAAACAAACGGAGAGGUCCGUCAGUGUAACCUGCCCCACUGCAGAACCAUGAAGAAUGUCCUUAAUCACAUGACGCACUGUCAGGCUGGCAAAUCCUGUCAGGUGGCUCACUGCGCAUCCUCCAGGCAGAUCAUCUCUCACUGGAAGAACUGCACACGGCACGACUGUCCCGUGUGUUUGCCGCUCAAAAGCGCCGGGGACAAACGAAACCAGCAAUCUCUGUUGGCAGGAGCUGGUAUGAGCAUGGGUGGGCCAUUAGGUGUGUCUUUACCUGGUGGCCAGCCUUCAGCCCCAAAUCUGAACCCGCCCAGUCAGAUUGACCCAAGCUCCAUCGAAAGGGCGUACGCUGCCCUUGGGCUCACCUACCAGGGCAAUCAAGCAACCAAUCAGAAUCAACAGACCUCUGUGCCAACUCAACCUGGUAUUAGACCGCUUAAUAAUUUGGCAGGUGGAAACCCUAUGGGAGUGAAUGGUGGAGUCGGAGCUCAGAUGACAAACCAGCAUCCCGGGAUGCUUCCAGACGGCAUGCUGCACAGAAACAUGACAGCUCAGAGUCUGAUGAAUGAAACUUCAAGUCUUGGUAAUAUGGGGUGCACUGCGACAGCCGCACCUCCGUCUGCGGGAAUGAGAAAAGGCUGGCAUGAAGACAUCACACAAGACCUCCGGAAUCACCUCGUGCACAAACUAGUGCAGGCUAUCUUCCCAACUCCAGACCCUGCAGCACUGAAGGAUCGGCGGAUGGAGAAUCUUGUAGCCUAUGCGCGCAAAGUGGAGGGCGAUAUGUAUGAAUCUGCCAACAGCAGGGCCGAGUAUUACCACUUGUUGGCGGAGAAGAUUUAUAAGAUCCAGAAGGAGCUGGAGGAGAAGAGGAGAACCAGGCUGCAGAAACAGGGCAUGGUGCCUUCUCAACCUGGCAUGCCCAACAGUGCCCUACCUCAAGCACCAACCAGCAUGAAUCAGACACAGCCGCCCAAUGGACCCCUUUCAGAUUCAUCCCUAUCUCAACCCCCUGCACCCAACCAGAUGGUCAACCGAAUGCAGAAUCCUGCUGGUAUGAAUCAGUUUGCUCAAGUGGGAAUGCAGCAGCCAAUGGGUCAAAGGGCAACACCGCCUCUGUCAAUGGGAGCAAACCUAAAUCAGAUGAGUAUGCAGGGAGCACCCCGUAUGGCUCAGCCUAAUGUAACCCAGAUACAAAACCAGUACAUGCAGAACCAGUUUUCAGGCACGGGUGCCGGACUAGGCCAGAGUGCGGCUGGCCUAAACCAGCCUGCGGGACAGGCAACCAUUUCACAGUCACCAAAUCCAAUGUCAACUCCAUCGCUGAGUGUCAGUAAUCCUGUAGCUUCGUCCCAGCCUGCAGUCUCGGGCCCCGGAAGCGCUGUCGGCCCUCAGGGGCCUCCGUCCAACUUACCCCUACCCUCUCAACAGGCCGGUUUGCACACGCACUGUCCUCCCUUACGCCAAAACUCCCCGUCUCCUGCACGCAGCCUCACCCCCACCCCUGCCCCGCACCAAACGCCCCCGCAGUUGCCGGGUAACCAGACCCCCCAACCCCACACCCCCUCUUCUUCAACCACUAUGGCCCCACCAGCAACGCAGCUGCCCCCGGUGACACAAGGGGUGGGCUCGGAAAAACCCAGUCAGAUACCGCAGCCGGCGCACGGAGGCGGAGCUGCUGGAGGCCCUAAUACAGGGCCGCCAUCAUCUGUGCCUUCCCAGAAUGCCCAGGGGCUUUGUGCACACCCACACACUCCUCUAUCUCAGAAAUCGUCUCUUACCGCGGACGGUCAGGCAUCAACCCCUGCCUCGGUCAGCAGCACUGACCCGAGCUCGCAGCUGACAUCAUCCGACCCAACCGCCUCAACUGACCCCAAAACUGAGGUCAAACAGCAGGAAGAGGAGGAUGAGAAUGACACGGAGGAAAAAGCCUCAGGGAAAAUGGCUGCCAUGCAAAGUGAGAUCAAGAUGGAGGAGAAACCAGAGGUCUGCUCUAUAAAGAAGGAGGAGCCUGACGGUGAUGAAUGCAAGACGGAGCCAAUGGAAACACUGACCGGGUCAACGGAAGAGGACAAGAAGCCAGAGGUGAAGACUGAGCCAAAAGAGGAAGAGGGAGCAAACAGCACCCCUGCAAACACGCAAAGCAAGAAGAAAGUCUUUAAGCCAGACGAGCUCCGCCAGGCAUUAAUGCCCACUCUGGAAGCUCUGUACCGGCAGGAUCCCGAGUCGCUGCCCUUCCGGCAGCCGGUGGACCCCCAGUUACUGGGAAUACCCGUACGUAUUCGAACUAGUAACAAAACUAACCUGGACUACUUUGACAUAGUGAAAAACCCCAUGGACUUGUCGACUAUCAAGCGUAAGCUGGACACGGGUCAGUACCAAGAGCCUUGGCAGUACGUGGAUGACGUGUGGCUGAUGUUUAAUAACGCUUGGCUGUAUAACCGGAAGACGUCACGGGUGUAUAAAUACUGCUCCAAACUGGCAGAGGUCUUUGAGCAAGAAAUCGACCCUGUUAUGCAGGAGAUGGGAUACUGCUGCGGAAGAAAGUUGGAGUUUUCUCCUCAGACUCUCUGUUGCUAUGGCAAACAGUUGUGUACUAUCCCUCGAGACGCUGCGUACUUCAGCUAUCAGAACAGUUCACCCAAAUUUGGGCUUCUUGCUGACAGGUACCACUUUUGCGAAAAGUGUUUCAACGAAAUCCAGGGGGAGAACGUAUCCCUGGGAGAUGAUCCUACACAGCCUCAAACGUCCAUCAACAAAGAUCAGUUUCAAAGGAAAAAGAACGACACUCUGGACCCUGAAUUGUUGGUUGAAUGUAAUGACUGCGGUCGUAAAAUGCAUCAGAUAUGUGUCUUACACAAUGAAACAAUAUGGCCGACAGGCUUUGUGUGUGAUGGCUGCCUGAAAAAAUCCAACGGAACGAGGAGAGAGAAUAAAUAUGCUGCAAAGAGACUUCCUCAUACAAAGUUGAGUAGCUUCCUGGAGUCGCGAGUGAAUGAGUUUUUGAAGCGCCAGCCGCAUCCCGAGACCGGUGAUGUCACCAUCCGUGUGGUGCACGUCUCUGAUAAAGUGGUGGAGGUCAAGCCUGGCAUGAAGUCGAGGUUUGUAGACAGUGGCGAGAUGUCAGAGUCGUUCCCAUAUAGGACAAAAGCUAUGUUCGCGUUUGAGGAAAUUGAUGGCACCGACGUCUGCUUCUUUGGAAUGCAUGUGCAGGAAUAUGGAUCAGACUGCCCUCAACCCAAUCAAAGACGUGUGUACAUCUCCUACCUGGACAGUGUGCACUUUUUCCAGCCUCGUCACCUGAGGACGGGAGUCUAUCAUGAGAUACUCAUUGGAUACUUGGAGUAUGUUAAAAGAAUGGGGUUCGUCACUGGUCACAUCUGGGCUUGUCCGCCAAGUGAGGGUGACGACUACAUCUUCCACUGCCAUCCGUCUGAUCAAAAGAUUCCCAAACCCAAACGUUUACAAGAAUGGUACAAGAAGAUGCUUGACAAAGCAGUUGCAGAGAGAAUUGUACAUGACUACAAGGACAUUUUUAAGCAGGCAACAGAGGACCGUCUGACCAGUGCGAAGGAGCUUCCAUAUUUUGAAGGUGAUUUUUGGCCUAAUGUCUUGGAGGAAAGCAUUAAAGAGCUGGAACAGGAGGAGGAAGAACGGAAGAGAGAGGAGAACAACACUUCCAGUGAAAGCAUUGAUGCAACCAACGGUGACAGCAAGAAUGCCAAAAAGAAGAACAGCAAGAAGACUAGCAAAAAUAAGACCAGCCUAAGUCGAGCCAAUAAAAAGAAACCAGGCAUGCCAAAUGUUUCUAAUGAUCUCUCCCAGAAGCUCUAUGCCAGCAUGGAGAAACACAAAGAGGUCUUCUUUGUCAUCCGUCUUAUCGCCGGCCCCACUGCUAAUUCCCUUCCGCCCAUUUUGGACCUUGACCCCUUGAUGGCCUGUGACCUAAUGGACGGACGAGAUGCUUUCCUAACACUUGCGCGAGACAAGCACCUUGAAUUCAGCUCUUUGCGGCGGGCCAAAUGGAGCUCCAUGUGUAUGUUGGUAGAACUGCACAAUCAGAGCCAGGAUCGCUUCGUUUACACCUGCAAUGAAUGCAAGCACCAUGUUGAGACACGAUUCCACUGCACUGUUUGUGAGGAUUAUGAUCUCUGUAUCACUUGCUACAACACUAAGGGACAUGAGCACAAGAUGGAAAAACUUGGUCUGGGUCUCGAUGACGAGAGCAACAAUCAAGCUGCAGCUUCCACUCAAAACCCUGGCGACUCGAGACGUCUCAGCAUCCAGCGCUGCAUUCAGUCGCUGGUGCACGCCUGUCAAUGUCGCAAUGCCAACUGCUCUCUCCCGUCCUGCCAGAAGAUGAAGAGAGUGGUACAACAUACCAAGGGCUGCAAGCGCAAGACCAACGGAGGUUGUCCAAUCUGCAAGCAGCUUAUUGCACUAUGCUGCUACCAUGCCAAACACUGCCAGGAAAACAAGUGUCCUGUGCCCUUCUGUCUCAACAUCAAGCACAAGCUUCGUCAGCAGCAGUUGCAGCACAGGCUGCAGCAAGCGCAGAUGUUGCGUAGACGUAUGGCCACAAUGCAACGGGCAGGGCAGCCACCACCAUGUGGAGGUGGGCCUCCUGGAGGUCUUCCUUCACCAGGUAACAAUGGGGCCACCGGUCCAAGUACGCCUACAUCUGUCGGAACACAGCCUGCAACCCCUCAAACACCCACACAGCUGACACCCAACCAUCCAUCUAUGUCCCAGCCUGGUACGGGUGGAGUCCCAGCUGGAACUCCCCAGCAGCCUCAACAGCAUCCUGCCCACCACCAAUUUCAGCAGAUGCCAGGUGCAAGCGGUAUGAUGACCUCACCUCAACAGCAAAUGGUUUCCCAACAACAGACAGGGCAGCUUCCACAUCCACACACUCAGUAUGGUCCCCAUUCCACAGGUCCCUCUCCAAAUCCACAAUCGCAAGGUAAAGCAGGCCUUGGGCCUGCGACUCCUCCACAACUCCCUAGCAACCCAGGCACAGCACCUAUGUCCCAACAACAGCAGCCCACAGGUCCACCGCCUGCUGCUGUGGAGAUUGCCAUGAAGAUUCAGCAAGUAGCAGAUGCACAGAGAAAGAUGGCACACGUUCAGCUGCUACAAAGACAGGCUGCCCAAGCUGGUAUGAUGCCACAGCACCAACACCAUCAGCAGCCACAAGGACAGAUGGGAGUAUCCCACCCUGGUAUGGGCAUGGUAGGGGCGCAAGGGUUGACUCAACAGGCGUCUGCGAACAGGGUGCAGAUGGAACAACAGCAGCCGCAAGGACCUCAGGGAAUGAUGUUGGGAGCUGGGCCCAUGCAGCAGCAGCCCCAACAGACAAGUGUGCAAGGCCAGUUGCCGCCACAAAUGCAGCUGCAGCAGCAGAGAAUGAAUCCACCACUCCAGCCUCAGCAGCAACAGUGGGCAGGGCAGGGAAUGCCACCCCAGCAGAGACCGGCCAUGAUGGGUCAGCAAGGAAUGGUUGCAAUGCAGCCUCAACCACAACAGCAGCAGCAACAACCACCACCACAACAAACACAGCAACAGCAGCAGUCGCAAAUGCUGAAUCGAAACGCCUUGAUGAGUAUGGUGCAGGCUGGUCUGCAAAGUGGUGUAGCAAGUGGGGCAGCUGGAAGCAAUCUGCCCCAGGGAGCUCUCCAGGAUCUAUUGAGGACCCUUCAAUCUCCGAGCUCUCCUCUGCAACAGCAACAAGUACUUAACAUUCUUCGCUCUAACCCACAGCUAAUGGCAUUGUUUAUCAAACAAAGGAUUCACAAGUAUAAAGGUGGCCCAGGUGGCCCGGCUGGACCUCAGGGAGGGCCAGGACCUAUGGGAGGCCAACCAGUGGGUGUAACCACUGGGAUGCCUCAGUCUGGCAUGCACCUUGGACAGGGUGUUAAUAUGCAGACCCAACUUUCUCAACUCCAACAGCAGCAAAUGCAACAGCGGCCCAUGUUGCAGCAGCAGCAAGCCACUGCCUUACAGCAGCAGCAGCAGCAGCAGCAACAACAAGGAAUUCAAGGCCAGGGGGCUCCAAACAUGGCCAACAUGAAUCCACAGUUCAGAGAACUAUUAUUAAGACGGCAACAGCUACAAUUUCAGCAGCAGCAGCAACAACAGCAGCAACAACAGCAACAGAUGGGUAAUCAUGCUGCAUUUCAACAGCAGCAAAGUUAUGCAGGGCAGCAAGGUACAAUGCAAAUCCCCCAAGGAGGCCAACAGUUACCAGGGUUGCAACCUGGUCCGCAGCAAAAUUUUCCAGGCAACCCUGCACAACAGCAAGCUGCUGCUGCCUUGCAACAGAGGCUUCAACAGCAACACCAGUUACACAUGCAACAGCAGCAAAAUGCGGCAUCCCAAGGUUCUGACAUGGGUCCUGGUGGAGGUCCACAGCCAACCCAGGUGGGCCCUGGGCCUCAGACGUCGCAGACAUUAUUGCAGCAGGCCUUGCAUCAGCGUCUGCUUCAACAGCAGCAACAUCAUCUCAGUGGCGCCUCGCCGGCACAGCAGAACAAUCCCAUGAGCCCGCAGCAGCAGAUCUCUCAGUCGUCCCAUAUGCAGGGCCAGCAGCUCUCAUCCUCUCUCAGCAACCAGGUUUGUUCCCCUCAGCCCUCCCCAAGACCCCAGUCCCAGCCGCCCCACUCGAGUCCGUCCCCACGCUUGCAACCACAGCCCUCACCACACCACAUCUCGCCUCAGACCCAAACGGCUUCUCCGCAUCCCAGCCACCUUCAGCAGCACCACUCGGGGAUGGCUCGGCCUCCUCUACCUCCCCAACAGUCACAGCACAACUCUAAGGACCCAGGUGGAUUUGGUGCCGAUCAAAAUGCCAUGCUAUCUCAGCUUAGUGGCAUGGCAGGACUCCAUGGACCUGGAGCGAAUAAUAUGCUUCCCCCAAGUGGCCAGGACCUUGGCAUUACCAUGAAUCAUAACCCUUUAGACCCUUUAUUAUAAAAUUCACUAAACCUCACCAGAGACAGUGUUAGCUUUUUGAUACUACAGGGAUGAAUUUAGUGUUUUUCAGUAUAAAUGAUUUGAAAAUGGACCCUCCUGUGAGAGAUGGCAAAGUAUUGGGGCUGAAUAAGGAGUAAUGUUUUUAUGCCAGUUGUGUACAAAGAGGAUUGUUUCAACAAACCCCAAGUAAUAUUUUCGACGUCAGGUCCAGGGAAGUUCUUUCCUUUUUCAAGAGAUAUUUUUUAAGAUUUUAAAAGUGGUAUAGAAUCAAAGCGAAGAUGAUUAAGGACUUUUUUAUAUCGUUUCACCGCGUACCAGUCUCUAUUAUGCGUUUUACAGAGUGUGGGACGUUUCAAACGUUGUGAUGCCUAUAUUGUUAUUAUAUUAUCUAAACGCCAUGCAUAUCUUCCUUGUAAAUUUUGAGUUUUGCAUUUUAUUUAUUCUACAUUUUUCAUGUCAUCAUGAUCAGGAUUGUGUUCAUGUGUGUUCCCAGAGACUGCUACAGUUCACAUAGAAUAUAUUUUUGUUAAUACCUAUUAAAAUGGGGAGUUAUCCUUUACGUAAGCUGGAAAUUUAGGUUAUUAAGUAUAAUAUAAAUUACAGUGUUGGGGAUUGGGUUUGGUGUGUGCUCUGUUGCCCAAUGGAUUUUAUUUCAUGCCAUAUUGGAAAUGCCUAACCAUUGGACAUCACUGCUUUCGAAGAAGUUCUUGGAGGCACAUGCACCCGCUCUCAGAAUGUGUGUGCACUCUUUAUAAGACUUCAGGAUAGUGGAGGUGUGUCUGUACAGGUUGAAUGAGAAAUUGUGUGUGUGUGUGUGUCUGUGUGUGUCUCAGAUAUGGUGCUGGAGGUUAUCUGCUCUUGCCAAUGUCUUAUUGAGCAGAGUUUCAUGUAUGAACUGUCUAAAGGUGAAAUGUAGAAGAGCGUGCCACUUUUCCCUUUCUCUGUAUUUGUUCUUUUUGUCUCCUAAUUUUCCUCCAAGAAUUUUCUUUGCUCGGAACUUUGGGAGUUUCAUUUGAAUGUUUUGUACUGUACAAAGAAAACACAAACUGUGGACUUCAAGUUUUUUUAAUAAAAUGAAGAUAACAAUUUUA